AUGUUGCCGCUUUCUUCUUUCCAAUGUGAGGCAAGGAAGGACAAACCAACCACUCACCCAAAGCUACCAUUCAAUUUAUUAUUGAUAGUUUUGUUAGUUGGGUCAAAAAACUUGUUAACUUUCUUUCCACCAAAGUAAGAUCUCACAAUCAAAAGAGAAUCAUUCCCCAAUUUCUACACAAUCUCCUCUCUCUCUCUCUCUCUCUCUCUCUCUCUCUCUCUCUCUCUGUCUAUUUUUCUCUUCAACUAACUAAUUCAUUCGAAUUUAAAGCCCGAGUUUACCUGAGUGAAGCGUUUGGUCUUCCUAUCUACAAGUAUCUCAACCUGAGAUUGAUCGAUCCCCAUUGAAGGAAGAUACUUUGGCUGUUCUUUCUCACAAACUUUCCCAUUUGUGCGCGAAACUGUGAAAGUCCCAAAUUGUAAGUAAUUUACUGUUCGGCAUUUGUCUUUAUGCAAUCUCUCUAUAGCAGAAUCUUAAACAGUAUCGAACUGUACAAUGAUGAGUUUUAUCUAUGAGAUGCAUAUGGCAAUUUAUUACACUGGUUUCGUUCAAUCUCAGAUAGCUAACAAUCCCACUACAAUUCUAGAUCAGAAAAGAGUUUAAUUAGACAUCCGAGUUAGAGUCUCUCCUGGCUACCACAGCACAUUCCGAUACAAGAAGAGAGGAAACCAAAGAGACUUCACUUCUUUAUCAACAAACACAAUGCCUAAGGAUAGCAAGUUGUAUGAUCUGUUGGGUGUAUGGAUUCGUCCCCCUUAAUGUGAUGAGAGAACAAUGCUUAACCUAGGUUCCUAUAGGUUUCACCAACUGCGACGGAGGCAGAACUUAAGAAAGCAUACAAAGUCGGGGCUUUGAAACAUCAUCCAGGUUAGUCUCUUCUCCAGGUCAUCCCCUCAAUCCCUUCUUGUCACAGUACAUAAAUCUGACGGUCAAAACCGAUAGAUAAGAACCAGCACAACCCUGACGCGGAGGAAAAGUUCAAGGAGAUCUCCCGUGCAUACGAAAUUCUUUCCGAUCCCCAGAAGCGCCAAAUCUAUGACCAAUAUGGCGAAGAAGGAUUGGAGGGUGGUGGUGGAGCAGGUGGAAUGAACGCCGAGGACUUGUUCUCGCAAUUCUUUGGCGGUGGUGGUUUUGGUGGUGGUGGUGGUUUUGGUGGUAUGUUUGGUGGUGGUGGUAUGCAACAACGUGGCCCACCAAAGGCUCGUACCAUUCAUCACGUUCACAAAGUUUCGCUCGAGGAUAUCUACCGCGGAAAAGUCUCCAAACUCGCCCUCCAGAAAUCCGUCAUCUGCCCCAAGUGUGAUGGACGUGGUGGAAAGGAAGGUGCUGUUAAGAAGUGCGCUGGAUGCGACGGUCAUGGUAUGAAGACAAUGAUGCGCCAAAUGGGUCCCAUGAUCCAGCGUUUCCAGACUGUCUGCCCUGAUUGUAACGGAGAGGGAGAGAUAAUUCGCGAAAAGGAUAAGUGCAAGGGUUGCAAUGGUAAAAAAACUACCGUCGAAAGAAAGGUGCUGCACGUUCAUGUCGACAGAGGUGUUCGUAGCGGACAUAAGAUUGAAUUCAGAGGCGAGGGUGACCAGACACCAGGUGUUGAACCAGGCGAUGUUGUUUUCGAGAUCGAGCAAAAGCCCCACGACCGAUUCCAACGCAAAGAUGACGACUUAUUUUACCAUGCCGAGGUGGAUCUCGCUACUGCACUCGCUGGUGGAACAAUCUUUGUCGAACAUUUGGAUGAGCGGUGGUUAAGUGUUGAAAUUCUUCCAGGAGAAGUUAUUAGCCCAGGUAAGCGAUUUAUUCCCCCAUGGCGACACGUUGAAGAUUCUCUAACAACCCCUACAGGAAGUGUCAAGAUGGUCCGUGGCCAAGGUAUGCCUUCAUAUCGUCAUCACGAUCACGGGAACAUGUAUAUCCAAUUCGAUGUCAAAUUCCCCGAGAAGAACUGGACCGCCGAUCCUGCAGCGUUCGAGGCCCUCAAGACCAUUCUUCCACCGGCAGCAGCAGGCAUUACACCGCCUGCCGAUGCGAUGACCGAAGUUGCCGAUCUCGAAGAUGUCGAUGCCAACCAACAAGCUAGAGCGCAAGGCGCGGGUGCCAUGGAUGAAGAUGACGAAGAUGGCCCCGGGGGUGAACGUGUCCAAUGUGCUUCUCAGUAAUUUAUAGUAGUAUUGGCGUUUGGCCUGGGGUUAUUCUUCAUACUUUCUUCAUACAGAGAUUUUUUCUAUCAACCUCUUUUGCAUCCUCCGUCGGUUAUAUGAUACGCUAUGCUCGUUCUUCAUGAUUCCCAAGUGCGUUAUUUUCACGGCCGAUAAUCGAGACAAGGGCCUUCUCUUGAUUCUUUUUGUCGUGAUAGAAUGUCCAUGACGCCAACAUACACGAAUGACGAAAUGAGCAACGAGCGAGUAGGUUAGGUUUGAGGGUGAAUAUGAUAGAUGGAUGAAAGCGAGGAAGGAAGGAGUCGAAAGGAGUGAAAGGAAAACCUUUGGACAAUUUAUGUGGGUGAUGUGGUGGACGGUGUAGAAUUUUCUUUUGCAAACAUUGAGAAUCAUAUAUUAUGAAAUGGAUGGAACAUCUUUUUCAUAGGAUUCCAAGGAUUUUCAUGAGGAGAUCAGAUAGAUAAAUCCGAGAAUUUAAACCUGGUUAAAGAUCAGAUCUCUUAAUAUGGACAGAGCGUUUAGACAGUGUCUGGGAUAGAUAGCAUGUGAGAUGAGGGGAAAAUGAGAUUUAUGAAUGUUCCUGUUUUGAGUGUGCAUGUGCUUGUGCUGUGUUGAAUUGU